GGAUGGAUUUUCUGAACAAAAUUGCCAAUGUGGUGGUUACAAAUCCUCUCAUCAAAGACUUUGAGAUAUUAGAAGUUGUUACUCAAGCUGGACCCUGGGUUAUUCAUAAUGCUGUUAAAAGAUCAACAAGAGAACAAGUUUCUGUGUUUGUAUUAUCAAAAAAGAUUUUUGAUAAAAUGUCUAGAAGCAACAAAGACUUUGCUUUGGAAAAAUAUAAAAAUGGUGUCAAGCUUCUUACUAAAGUCCGCCAUCCAAAGUUUCUUACUGUACAGCACCCCCUUGAAGAAAGUAGAGAAAGCCUAGCAUUUGCUACUGAACCAUGCAGUAAUGCUUUGUCCAAUCUUAUCAAAUGCAAUUCUAUCACUGAUGUUGAAAUCAGAUACGGAAUAUUACAAUUGUUAGAUGGGAUAGCAUUUUUACACAAUGAUUUGAAAAGGUGUCAUAGGAAUUUAUGUUUGGACACAAUAGUUAUGAAUGGUCAAGGAUUAUGGAAAAUCUUUGGCUUGGAAUUCAGUGCUGUAUCUGAAGAAAGUCCUGAACCUCCUAGUCCAGAGUUUAUGUUUUAUGACAACGAGCCUGGUUUUAGUCAGCCUAACAUUGAUUACAUUGCUCCAGAGCUUCUAUCAACUAAAUUUGGUGGUACCUCAGCUGAUAUGUAUAGUGUAGGGUGUCUUAUCUAUGCUCUGUUUAACCGUGGAACGUCUCUGAGAAAAGCAGACUCAUUGCGAGGUGCUCUGAGAAGGUCUGAAGAUAUUGCCCAGAUGCCAUUAUCUUCACUUAGUGGCAUUCCAGAAGAGGCUGCUAGUGACUUAAAACAAUUGGUGUCCAACGGUCCCUCUGCACGGCAACAAGUUGGCACCUUUCAACAAUCCAACUUUCUCAGUGAUAUUGGUGCUGUAAGUUUGCAGUUUCUUGAUCAUUUGAUGCUUAAAAACAGGACUCAAAAGAUAGCUUUUUUUAAAGAGCUUCCAGGUAUUCUUCCUCGCUUGCCUCUUGUGGUUCGCAAAAAGAGGAUUCUUACCCAGCUGUUUGAGUGCUGUAAAGAAGUUGAUCUAAUUCCUUUCAUUUUGCCAAACAUUUUCCACAUCGGCACUGAUUUGGAAAGCCAAGAUUUCCAGAGUUUUAUUUUUCCUGGACUGAAGCCAAUCUUUACAAUUAAUGAUCCGCCCCAAAUAUCUCUGAUUGUAAUUCAGAACCUUCAUCUGUUGAUAAGUAAGUCUAAACUUGAAGAUGCCAAGCUAUUUGUGAUGCCUGUUUUAUUUAGAAGCCUAGAGAAUCCCAUGGUGGAAUUGCAAGAGACUGUUCUCAAACUUUUACCUGAAAUCGUGGAUCUAUUGGACUACUCUACAUUGCGUCAUCAGCUGUUGCCUAAAAUCAAGACAUGCUGCCUUGAGACUAGGUUUCUGAAAAUCAGAGUUGGAAGUCUGAUAUGUGUUGCUAAAGUUCUGGAUAGUAAUUUGGUGGAUAGGACAUUGACUGGUGACAUUAUAUUGCCUCUAUUGGAACAGGUGCCUUCCAGGGAGCCUGCAGUUCUCAUGAGUAUCGUUGGGAUCUACCAAAAACUUUUGAAACACUCUUCAAAUCUGCUUGACAGAGAUACUCUAGCAAACAGGUGCAUCCCUAUUUUAUUUCCGAUGUUGGUGUCUCCUUCGCUUAAUGUGCAGCAGUUUGGAACUUGUAUGACCAUCAUUAAAAGCAUGAUUAGUAAAGUGGAAAGUGAGCAACUCAGCAAACUCAAGCAAUUACAACAAAAUAAAGUAGAACAGGCACAAAGUUUAAAUUUUUCCAAAGAAGUUGUGGAAAACAAACAAGUUGGGGAAUUGGUGACAAAAAUGGAUCAAAUGUUUGGUAAUAACACUGGUUCUCAGCAAGUUAAGAACAUAGUGGCUGAUGUACCCAAACCCACUGCAGCACCUGCUUCUUACAGUCCCUCCCUGGUGUCUUCAAAACCUGCUGCACCAAAAUCUUCGAACUUUGAUAAACUCGCUCCAGAUGUGAUGAUGGGCAACAUUUCAAGAAAGAGUUCUACUUCUAGCAAUGCAUCUAGUUUUGAUGCCAACAUGAUGAAGUCUGGUAGUAGACCAGGGAGUGCUGUGCAGAAUCCUCCAAUUUUAAAACAGCCUCCAAAGUCAAAUACUUUUGCAGAUUUCCCCAAGUUGUCCCUGAGUUCCAACGCUACUAAUUCUUCUUCGGGAAUGAUGACAGCUAUGCCUAGCCAGCCCAUGGCAAAUACUACAUCACAGUUUAGUGCUCCAGUUGGUAACAAUUUUGGCAACCAGAUGACUGGUAUGAAUACGACCUUUGGAAACAAUUUUGCUAACACCAAUUAUAACAAUUCGUCAGAUUUUGGUUCUGGAAUGCCAGCAAUGAACCCUCAUUCCUUUGGUAACUUGGCUAUGAAUACAGGUCCCAGCAUGGCACCUGCAUUUUCAUCAGCUCAUAAUAUGUCAUCUGGUUUUUCUACACAACUUAGUAUGAUGGCUCCCAGUAACCGGGGAAAUCAGUCCAAUGCAUCAAAUAGCUUGGACAGUCUGUUUGGAGCAAAACCCUCUCAGCCAUCCUUGAAUCAGAUGUCAAAGCCCCAAGCUGUUCCUAUCAAAGUGCCGAUCGUUCCAACCAAUAAAGCCAAUACCAAUCAGGCUGCUCUAGAUUUAAAUGACAUUUUUGGGUAGUUUGCAAGCAAUUUACUGUGAAAGUUUCCUAGUGAAUUGUUUAUUUUUGAUAAAAAUUGUAUGAAUCAAAAUAAAUAUUGGGAGAUUUCCACGUAAGGAAAAGCUAUUUUGCUGUUGUUUGAUAGUUUAGUUAAAAGGGAUAUAAUACCGUUAUUGUUACUUUAAUAUAUAAAUUAUGCUGUUGGAUUUAGAGCCUUAUGAUUGUUUGCCCUUUGUCAAGUAUUAUUAUUCUUUAUAUUUUCUUUCUUAUUCCUAUAAUAAGCACCAUGUCAUGUUAGGUAGGCACUACAAGUAUUAGAAUUAGUUUAAACAUUGACCGACAGUUUUCAUGCAAUUUUUCGGUUAACUUAUAUAUUUUGUAUCAAUAAAUUGAUCGCUGUAUAAAUAUCGUUCACAUAUUACAAUAAUAUUUUUCCGUGGUAAGUGUUAAUUUAAGUGAUUACUGAUUGAAAUAUUGCAUUAACUAAGCUAUUUCUUAUGAUGAUGCUCUUCUGAUAAUAUUACGAUAACUUUGAAUUGAUAAUGUUAACAUAGUUUGAAAUGUCAUGGCAACUAGGACUCAUUACCAUUUUUCAUAAUCAAUCUUUAAGCUAAGUUUUUUUAAAGAAUAAAAAAGAAAAUUAUUACGAGUAUUAAAUUAUGAUUAAUUUCCCGACUGUGUGUUUCGCUGGGAUAAUUUAUUUUAUUUUGAACUGUGACAUCGUUGAUUAUUAAAGAUUAUGGUUUGUCGAAUGUUGUUGUUUUGAGCUGUUGUAUAUAUAUUAAUUGGUGAUAUUGUGCAGAAUUGCUAUCUUGAAUGUUGAUUAGUUGAAUGAUUACCUCUUCAGAAUAUUUUAAAAGCAUUCCUUAUUCAAUAAUUGAACGUGAUAUAUAAUUGUUGAAU